UCAAGUCACCCAUAUGAAUGACCAUAUUUUCUAUUCUCUAGACCAUUCUCUAAUUCCUUUGAUGGAGAAUAAGGCAAAAAGCACAUCUAAAACAUCAAAGAAGAAAAAAUUCACAACCGUUGCAAUUGAAUUGAGUGAUAUGAGUACAACAAAUAAAAGUAGGGGUGACAAAAAUAAUUAUGUACCUAACAUCAGUAGAGAACAAAAAACGAAAACUUCUGAAGAUACAGCAGUAUCGGUCCCCUUGUUACAUAUUUGGCCGAGUAGAAGAAGCAGUAGUAAUAAUUUAUCUUCUCAUAAUCGAAUAGUUAUAGAGAACAAUUUAGCAAUCCACAGUGGAGAUUCCGGUAUUGAGUCAACACAAGCGAGUCCAAUUCAAAAAAGCAACAUAAAUGUGAAUACUUGUGGAGUAGAAUUUGAUGAUAAUAUUACUGCAGGGCCUUCUGGUACUAACAGGCGAUUCAGUUCAAUUUUCUUACAUCCAGAUCGAGCUCGCUAUUCAAAUCGUUCUAAUACUAUUGCCUCAACGUCGAGAGAUAACAUAGAAAUUGACAUGGGUGGCGAUUUUGAAGGUAGUCUAUCAGCAGCAUCAUCGGAUGCUUCAUCAUUGAUGAGUGUAUCCGGCGUAUGUUGGCAAGGUGCUCGAAAUUCGGAUCCUUGGGGACGUCGGCGUAGCUCUACGUGGACUGGUCGGUUUUCAGAUGUGACAGACCCAGAAUUUGCUCAUCUACGGAAUAUAGCUCGUGGAAGUGUUGGAAUGCAUAGCCUUUCAGAAUCUUUACAAAAGCUGACAUUUACGCAAACAUUAGCUUUUCCAGAAUUAGCAAGAAAACUUGCUACUAAACGUCGACAGGAACAGCUUCGUGAAGCCGCUACUAUUCAUAGGCAAGAUGAUUUUGAGGCUUGUUCAAAAUUUGUGGCAGUGGCUGGUGUUUUUUUACUUAGUCUGAUGGUGUAUGGUGUAGUUGUAAAAUAUGCUAAAGUAUAAGAUUGGUCGCCCCGAAACUUGAGUUCGGGGCACGAGUUUAAUCAGACAGCAGUAUACAAUCUUACUGAUGCGCAUUUGUCAGCGGCUAAUAUCAGUGGAUAUGGACCGUAUAAUCAUACUAUGAUGGAUAAAACAAUUACAAGUGAUAACAAACGAUCGAGUUGUAACUAUACGGCUCUCGGAGGUAGUAAUAAAAAUGGCAUGUCUUCCUCUUCAGGUAACUGUACAACAGCUACUGAAACUGCUUCAGCAGUCAAUAUCUCGACGACAAGUUCAGCUAUCAUGAUUUCUACUCCUGCUAUGACCAUAACCAUUUCCAUUCUAAACCCAUCAACACCAAAACAUGCCCCUUUGUCACAAACAUUGACUACGGCAAAAGCACAGCCAGCCACCAAACAUUCUCUACCGUUGUGGAGGCGUUUACUGAAAUCGUCAACAGUAAAUUAUGAUUUCAGUCAAAAUCUACUUGUUGAUCUCAAAAAAAAAAAUUAAUAAUAAUGAUAUAAAUUAUUAAUAGGAUUUACUAAUUAUAACAAUCUAUAAUAAACUGUUCAUUUUACAAUUAUUUUAAAGAUAGGAACUAGCAUGUUAGAAUAUAGAUUUAGUUACUUUUAAAUUUGUUUCUAUUGUAUAAAAACAUAAAUGCAACACAAAUUUAAACCAAAAUAUAUAAAAGUUUUAAGAAACGCUCAAAAUUUUAAACAAGAGGAGUGAUAUAAAAAUGAUAAAAUUGAUUUUAAUAUAGUUAGUUUAAUGAUUAAUGAAAAACUAUCACAGGUUCUUCUUAUCCAUUUCAAAUAUCAAUAUCAAGUAUUCUACCAUAAAUAAAGUUCUACAUACAUUAAAAAUCAACCAUUUGUAAAUCAA